ACACCCAGCUGAUUAACUCCAACGUCAAAAAAAGAAAUGUCAAUAUUUGGUUACAAUUUCUUCAUCAGUUGUUUCGUUUAUCGUUCGUUCGUUUAAAAAUCUCGAUAAGAGUAAUUGGAAAUAGAUUUACCAAUUGUUUUUGCCGAAAAGUUCAAAACAAACAACAAUGCCCGAAGCGCCAGGUCGUAACCCUUUGGAACGAUUCCUAAAUUCUGUGGAAGCGGUUAUCGAUGGACCGGUGACUUGGUUCCGCGAAACUGUUGUGGAACCGAAUCGUAAAACUUACCCCUGGUAUCACCAGCAAUUCCGCCGUGUGCCAACCAUCGAUCAGUGCUACACCAACGAUGAAGUUUGCUUCUUCGAGGCGAACCAACAGUUCAAACGGGACAAAAUGGUAGACAACGAGAUUCUCAACAUCCUGCGCCUACGCUUUGAAGAUUGCGUUCUGUACGAACAGCCGGAUCACGAGAGAAAAUGUCGUCCACUGCUGAACCAGUACGAGAAGGCAGCUGAGAAUUGGUUCAUCAAAUAUGGUGACCUCGGAGGCUACGCCAAUGCCAAGACAUGCUACAUGAAGCAAAAGCACCGCAUGGUCUGGGAGAGACGUCACGGCCCGGUCGGUUCUGGAAUGAAGCAAACCGACGAUAUUAACGUUGAACACUGAGAAGCGAAAAACCGUCGAAUACGGGGAUGGCAGUGAAUAGUCAAAGAAAAUGUAACAUCGCCUGCAGUUGUGUAAAUAUAAGAUCACAGGAAACACGUAA